AUGACCUUCAAAAACACAAGUCCUAAAAGAGCCACAGCCAAUGAUGCCACAAAGAAUCAGCUCAACACCACAGAAGAAACAGUGACAAAUGUUCCACUUUCAAAUUUUGUUUCAACAGUACAAAGUUCUCAACACAAGACUGAGAAUGAGAGCUCCAUCAAAACAACAAAAAGACCAGUUAGCUCUCCACAACCAGAUGCCUCACCCUCUGAAACCAGUACAUCACCCUCAGUAUCAGCAGCAAUGACAGAAAACAUCUCACAGUCUCAAGGCACUGAGAAUGCAAAAAAUUCAAGCUCUUCUUCAACCAGCCCCUCCUAUUCCAGUAUUAUUUUGCCUGUGGUCAUUGCUUUGAUUGUAAUAACACUCUCAGCAUUUGUUCUGGUGGGUUUGUAUCGAAUGUGCCGGAAGACAGACCCAGGCACGCCAGAAAAUGGAAAUGACCAACCUCAGUCUGAUAAAGAGAGUGUGAAGCUUCUCACUGUUAAGACAAUUUCUCAUGAAUCUGGUGAGCACUCUGCACAAGGGAAAACCAAGAACUGACAGCUUGAUGGAUCCUCCCACACCUGGGCAGUAAAUAUGCUUAAUCUUCAGCUUCUAUGCUCGAGGGGUAGAAAGAGAGAAAGCCCUGUGAAAUUGAUCCUGACUUCCAAUCCUGCUCCGCCAGUCUGCACCAGUCUCCUGUCCCAAAAAAAGUGAUGCCCGGAUGACAGGCAAUAAUCUGGUAGAAUCCAAAAGAAUCUUGGGCCCCUGUCCUUUGAGACAUGAAAAAGCACAUUCCUACAUUUGAUAGGAAUAUUCUCAGGAGAGGGAAUUCUAGAAAGGGCAUUUGUGAGCAGUUAACCUGACAAGCCCAGGCAUGUGGGCUUACUGAUGACAUGACCUUCCUUUGAGUUUAAAGUUUCCAGAGAUGACCGUUUUUACCCAUGGGGUCUUUCCUACUUUCUUGGUGUUCUUAUAUUAUCUAAUGUUUGUAUUUAUUGUUUUCUACUAUAGUAAUGCAGAGAAAAUUUGCAAGUGUAUUAUUAAAUGUUAGGUAGAAAUCACAAUGUGCCACUUUGUACAUAAAGAUACUUUAUUCAUAUUUUCAUGUUACUUUUAAUAAAUAAUUACUGUAUCAACACACUAAAAAUAUCAUAAUGUGAAUGUAAAAAUGGUAGUGGUAUUGUCCUCUCAUAAUUAUGAAUAUUUUUAUUGAUUAUUAAAACAUGAGGACUCAGUAAUUAAAGGUAUCUGUAAUAAGUGAGAAAGGGACUAAGAAUUCUCAUAUCAGACCCUGGUAGAGGGAAGUCGUACCAUUUCUUUGGUCUUUCCACUUGUAAUUCACACUAUGUGACAAGGAUAGAAGGGCAUUUGUGACACAUUGAACUGCAUUCAUUAACAAGAUAACAAACAAGAUUGAGAUUUUUUUUCAAAAUCCUUUUUGUUAAUACUCUCUGUGCAUUUUUUAUUUCUUUUAAAAAUGUAAUGAUUUGUUCUAGCAAUUGUUAGGAAAUCUCCAGUUUGUAGAAACCAGCACUUCAUAAACACAUAAUUGUGAUAUUACCUUUCAGUGUAUCCCUUUCCUGGAAACACCAUAUGAUUAGAGCUGCCACUCUACCAGGAGCACACUCUCCUGUUGAAAGCUGACUGAUCAACCUUGACCACUUCUUUGGCACAUACAAUCAAAACGUCAUGUUGGUUGCAGUUUUGUGAAAAGCUUUGAAGCUGAUAAGCUGCCAGGGGCAGCUUUUUAACUUUUAUGAUUACCUAAGCUGAUUUCGAUGCUAAACCAUCUUAGUGAUGUGAGGGCAGUAUAGGGGAGACAGAACGGUGUACAUAAAACUGCCUCUUAAAAUUUCUUUUGUUGCAAUGUAUUUGAAAGCUUUUAGCUUUAAGGAUUAUAUAAAUAAUCAUCUUGGUUUCGGCUUCCUGAUGUCUCAACUAUUUCUAAUCAAGGACACCAAGCAAACAUAUCUAUAUUUCUGAGUAGUGUCUCCUUAUGUUUCUUUGAGAAGAAAGAUGAGGAAUUGGGGGAAAAAGAAAAAUAAGAGGGUAGAGAAAAUGGCCAGGAUUUCCAACACACACACUUUCCCUUGAGAGGUGUUUGUCCAUGCUUAAUUCCAACCUAGAAGUCUUUUAGAGUGCAGCAGUGGCUGCAGCAUGCCAAUCAUGGGGCACUUGUCCUCAAAAGAAAAAGAUUCCAACACCCCUAGCAUGCUUUACUGAGCUCCUCAGCAGACACCUUGUUACACAGGAUGUAUUGCAAAGACACAAACUCUUCUGCAAUUUAAAUUACUGCAAGCAAUAUGUUAUUCUGGCUUCUAGAAAAACCAUUUCCUUGACUUUUCAUAAGCACUGUUAGAAGGGUUUAUAACAAUCAGAAGGAGGGAAAGCUUUUUAAUAGUCAUGAAAGAAUGAAAUCCAUUCUAAUUCAAGAACUGUACAUAAAGAAUAUGCUUUAUGCUAACAACUAUAGCAUUAAAUCUUUAAAAAGUCAAAGGGAUAAGUGGGCUGAGGAAUUUGUGGAGAUAUUCAUAGUGAUUUGUAGCAUCAAUCUCAGAGGUAAUGUCUUAAAUUUUAUAAGUCAACUUAAACUUCUGUUGAAAUAGAGUAUUUUGUUACCAAGACAAAAUUAUCAUCACUAAUUAAAUGUUUUUUUAAAUUAUUUGAUUUAGAUGACUUUCUAUGCCUGACUUUCCAUAAGCUUUUUAUUCUGAUAUGCAGUUCACAUGUGGCUGCAGCAAAAUGAGUGUAUUCAGAUCAAAGGCAAACUUUUCUACGUGUUUGUUCUGCAUGACAAUAUGAAUAUAAUUUAAGUCUAUCAAUAGUCAAAACACAAACAAGAGCUAAUUAACUGGCACUGUUGUCAUCUGAGAGUCAGCGGAUGUUGUUGGCUGACACACUAGCUGUGAUCAGCCAGCAGAAAAGACUUCUAAAUUCCCCUUGCUGAGCUAAAAUAUUCCAUUACACUUCUAUCAAAUCUGUGUCUUAUUUCUUGUCUACCUGCCAUACUUAAGUUCAUGAGGAUCAACUAAGGACAUUAACUAACCCUCAACAAUAAACCUGCUAGCUUUCUCUGAUAUUUCUCUGUUGAACUCUAUUUAUGAUCAUUCAAGAUUUUGGGGCGUUCUAAAAAGAAACCUGGAUAUGUCUUUUAAAAGUUGUGUUUUGAGUGACGAAGUCUCAAGACUAUGAAACUGUUAAUUUUUGCUUAAUGUUAAAGAUACCCAUCAUAGUGAUUAAUUAAAUGAUAGGUACCCUGAAAUGAGAAUUUGUCAUGGAUUAUCUACAAAUCUUUCCUUAAAAUUUUCCCCAUAAACAAUCUUGUUUAAGAAUUCUUGUGUUCCAUUAAAUGAGUAUACUUUGUCAUUGCUUCAAA